GCACGCCGCCCGAAAUGCACGCCGCAUUACUGCUUUAUUGCCUGGUGGCUCUCUUCGCCACGGCCGUUUCAUCGACCGCCCUCACCUACAGGCUGCUUGCCAACGAGAAGUCGUGCUUCUUCACCCAUGUUGAGCAGAAGGGCUUAAAGGUGGCCUUCUACUUCGCCGUUCAAUCCGGUGGCAGCUUCGAUGUUGACUAUACCGUUGUCGGCCCCAAUGAGCGCGUCAUAAUGGAGGGUUCGAAGGAAAGGCAGGGUGACUUUGUCUUCACGGCGAACGACCAGGGAGAAUACCGCUUCUGCUUCAACAACGAAAUGUCCACCUUUGCCGAGAAGAUCGUCGACUUCGAGAUUGCGGUCGAGAACGAGGAGGCCCGCGCAAAGCUGCCCAGCAAGCAAGGCACCACCCCCGAACAGACCUCGGUCCUCGAAGAGUCGAUCCUCAAGCUCUCCUCUCAGCUCUCCACCAUCAACCGUAACCAGAAGUACUUCCGCACCCGUGAGAACCGCAACUUCAGCACCGUGCGCAGCACCGAGAGGCGGAUUUUCAACUUCAGCAUCAUCGAGGGCGUCAUGAUGGUCACAAUGGCGGGCUUGCAGGUCUUCAUUGUGCGCUUCUUCUUCCAGGGCGCUAGGAAGGGUUAUGUGUAAAUGAAGCAAUGACAGCCAUGCGACAUUCACGCGCAGAUGUAGAUCAAGCAGAUCAUUUACACCUUUUUCGUUGAAGCAGAGCAUGCUUCAAACAGCACAGACGUUAAUUUCUUGAACAUACUUGAAUGUUACUGAUCCGCUUGGUCGACA